CGCGAUGCGCGAUGCGUCAUGCGCGAUGCGUGAUCGCCGCAUGCGUGAUGACUGACCUGGGUCUGUUUUGUUAGAACGCGGGAAACAAGUCUGCGCGAUGGAAGCAGCGAUCUCUGCCGUCUUGUUGGAGGAAGAUGCUGAUGAUGAUUUAUUGCUCUCCUGCUUCCUAGAAGAUGACAGCGAUAUAUUUAGAAGGAGAGAAGACGAGGGAUGUUAUAGUGUGUUGAUAUUACGUCACUUAAUUGAUAACGAAACUAAAUUUAGAGAAUAUUUCAGAGUGUCGACUGAGAUAUUUGAUACAAUAUUAGGCUUUGUUAAAGAAGACAUCACGAGAUUGCAGUGCAACAGAGUCAAAAGGCCAAUAUCUGCUGAACAGAAGUUAUGUCUUACUCUCAGGUUUAUGGCCACGGGAGAGAGUUUUCGUUCACUGGCGUUUCAAUUCAGAAUAUGCCCUAGCUGGGUAAGUAUUAUUAUAAAAGAGACAUUGCAAUCUAUUUGUUCAAAAAUGUUGAAUUCUUCAAUACCAUCACCUGACCAAGAUGUUUUAAAACGUUCUUCCAUUGGUUUUCAUCGCAAAUGGAACUAUCCCAACUGCUGUGGGUCGAUAGAUGGAAAACAUAUCCGAAUAAUCAAACCUAAACAUUCUGGAUCUCUGUUUUAUAAUUACAAAGACUAUUUCUCAGUUGUGUUACUUGCGCUUGUAGACGACAACUACAAGUUUUUAGCAAUAGAUGUUGGUUCCUAUGGAAAAGAAGGUGAUGCAGGCAUAUUUGCUAAAUCUGUCUUAGGACAAAGACUUUCAGAAGGAACAUUCAGAUUUCCUGAACCAGCUAUACUUCCUGGAACUGACACUCUAAUGCCACACGUUAUUUUGGGUGAUGAAGCUUUUCAGCUGACUUCCUCAGUAAUGCGUCCUUACCCAAGGGCACAAUCUAAAUGUGAUGAAGAAAAAGCAAUAUAUAAUUAUCGCCAUUGUAGAGCUAGACGUACGUGUGAAAACGCUUUUGGAAUACUUUGCCAAUAUUUUAGAGUAUUUUUCACUGCCAUCGCCAUCAAGCCUGACACAGUGGAUCUUCUGGUCAUCGCAUCAUGCAUAAUACAUAAUCAUCUAAGAUCUGCAAGAAUUCCAUGCCCGGGUGAAGAAGAGGACCGAAAUGUGUGUCUCCCUACUGAAAAUAUGAUACCCAUGGCAAGACAAGGACGUAAUUCUACUCAUCUUGCGUAUAGCAUACGAGACAAAUUUAAAAAUUACUUUUGCAGCCAAGAAGGACAAGUAAGCUGGCAAUUAUAUCAUGUGAGGAAAACAAGUUAAAAAGUAUUUUUCACGUGAAGAAAGGGUAAAUGCAAAUGUUAUUCUUUUCUUAAAAAAAAAAUUCUCUUUGUGCUAUAGUAAUGCUGUGUAUUUUUGUAUUUGAGUGUAAAAUUUGUAAAUAUUAUGUCAAAAUAGAUAAUUUAUUAGCAAAUGUGCCAUUAUCCUUAGUAUUGACAUAAAAUUAAGUAACUAUAAAUAGGAAAACAUAUGAUUAUAAACUUCAAAAAACAUAAUUUUUGUUGUGCAUUUAGAAGAAUAAGACAUAAUAUUAUCAAACUUAAAAAAAUAUAGAAAACAAUUUAUUGUGAUAACUUGCCCUAGGCUCACCUACUACUUCAAAAUGGAACAUAUUUUAUUUCCACAUUUCCUGGUGCACACCGACGUAAAUUAUUUUUGGUUUAGUUUAAACACUGCAUAAAAUAUUUUUUAAACUUGGCCUAUUUUUAAAUAAGUAACAACUAUAUAGAACCGUAAGUUGUUUUUUUUAAUGCAGUAAGAACUUUUUUUAAGACCACGUUUUAUGAGCCUUAGUAUUUAUUUUAUUAUUAACACAGAUAUUAAAAUCUCUACUUACCACCUUUGUUUAAAGAAGCUGCAAUUUCCUUCCACACAUUUUCUCGAACAAUAAAUACUGUCUUUGUACUUGCAGUGAUGCAAAUCAUAUAACACACGAUGCUCCCUUACUAAAUCAAUCAAUUUCUCGUCCUGUUCUGCAGUAAAACUCUUUGACUCCAUGAUAAAUCGCAUGCGUGAUCACGCUGAAGUCGGGGGCCAGGCAACUGCUGCGCGAUGCCCAUCCGCGACACGCAGCCGUGGCGAGCGGGAAACCCCCGCUUGCGCGGCCUUGGAAAUCAUCCCCGUUUCAACACACAGGUUCAAGUGCUGCGUGGUCACGCAGUGACGCAUCACGCAUCGCGCAUCGCGCAUGCGUGGUCCUUG